GUCGAAUCAAUAUUGAGGUAGUGGUUGGGAUCACAGAAAAAAGAAGGAGAGGGACUCCAAAAUCAAGCCCCUUGUCGGGCCUUCUCUUUUCUGAGAGAGUAUUUUCCUGGCAGUGCAAGCCCUGAGCAAGCCCUGAUCCCCCACACUUCAUCAUCCACUACGGAGACACAGAGAUUGAACAAUCAAUCAUGUCAUUCUCGUUCUUCAAGCCUUCGAGGCCUAAAACCCCUCAAGAGCUCGUCAAAGCUAUCAAGGACUGCCUCACUGCUCUCGACGCCAAAACCGUCGCCGAGGUUCAAGCCCUCAAGAAGGCUUUGGAAGAAGUUGAGAAGAACUUUGCAACAAUGAGAGUUAUGCUUUGUGGAGAUGGGGAGGUUGAACCCAAAAUGGAUCAGGUUUCGCAGUUGACGCUUGAAAUCUGUAAAGAAGAUGUUCUUGCUCUUUUUAUUCACAAAUUACCUAUAUUGGGAUGGGAAGUAAGUUAUUAUGAUCCAUAGCACUGUUUCAUGUGU